CACCAUUCAAAAUAAUUAACGACGUCAAACUUUACACGCGAAAAUCUCGCAUUAAAAGUGUUAAAAUGUAUUCAAAUUAUAAAAUAUUAAAUCUGAAUGCACGCUCAUCACCGCCGCAAGAUAAGGAAUCGUUUCCCACCGUUAAACAGCCACAGCGUAUUGGCGAAUACAGCUUAUCACCUGAGGGGCAUUUCGAGAAUUCGCCUGUACGACUCUGUUUCCUAACCCAACUGGGGCCAAGCACAUUUCCGUUUGCUUUAAACGCAAGCGGGGAGGCUAUGAAUUCGGAACAAUCCUUUUCAAAGCCAAGAUACUUGGAUAAUUUGUUCUAUUUCUUGCGAUGUUCAAUGGAUAAAUUUAUUAAACGCCACGAAAAGGGACAUCUGCAGGUGGACGCGGAUAUUGUGUGCAGCCGGGAGACAUUACAGCUAAUGAUGUGCGCACCGUAUGAAUACAAGAAUAAUUGGACACUUGCCGUAAGCAAGUAUCGUAACACCAUAUACAUAUGCCCAGUGCCCAAUGCGGAAAGACCACAAUCGAUUUUUGAUGCCGAACAUUUAAAGAAACUAAUGAUGGACCAUUGGAUGGCAAAACUGCGACAACGCUGCCUGGUAGCCAUGGCUCCAAUUUCAGAUGAUGACAUUGUCCAGCCCGGUUCUUAUCAGCAAAAGGAUCUGAAUGGACAAUACUAUUGUGUGUUCUGUAUAGAUAUAUGUGGCUUACAUGUUCUAUUCGAUGCCCCCAUCUUGGCUGAGCAUUGUCCAAAUCCAUUCUUUGGAUUGCCCAAAACGUUCGUGGAUCUAAGGAUGCGCCUGGAUACGAUGAGCCGUACCGAAUGGUCAGCCCAUAAUCGCAAGGAUGUUCUCAAAUGGUGGGUCGAAUCCUUCCUAGUUGGCAUUGAGAAGGUUUACAUUGCCUACCACGAUAAGGAAGGCUACGUGCAAAAGAUUAAACACACAAUGGUUCGCGAGCUGUGGCGGGAAUGCGAUAACGACUGGUCGCCAAAUAUAUGUGGCAAUUUUAUGCGACGUCUGCUAGGCUCAAUCCAGCUGCUGAUGGCAAACGUGGACAGCGCCAGCACGGUUUAUCUGUUAGAAUACGAUUCAAAGAACGGAAAUAUCACCUACAAAUACUCUAAGGAGCGUAAUGAACAUUCGUUUAUACCCGACUGGUUUCGGAUUCUGAUGGAGGAGCACAUGGACCAUCUGAAUGCACAAGUUCGAUAUCAAAUUUGAGCGUAUUACAAUACUUAUGUGUACAAUACAAUAUGUUAAUAAGAUGAAAGUAGUUAUUACGUUUAUUGACAGCAUUAAUUGAAUUUCAAGAAAUCAUCACACUAUUAAAUAAUUUAAUACACAUGUGUUUUUUUGUUGCUUUUGCGGUUGGCUGUUGGCUGAGAAUGCAUUCGAUUUUACAAAAAUAUGGAAAUGCUACUUGAGUUACACGCUAAUUUAGAUGUACGCAGACAGCGAAUUGGCGUCUACAGUUCGGUCUUCUUGGGCUUGCCGCUGCGGUCGUAGCCCUUCAGUUCUGUGCUCGCCUCCUUGGCAAUGUACUUGAUGAAAUCAUCGAUUUCGCGACCGCCAUUGUAACUGACGGGCUUGUUCUUUGAAUCCUUUGGCAGCCAGAAGAGCGUGGGGAAGCCGCGCACAUUGAACUCUGGCGGUACAUCGUUGGCAGUGGCAUCCAUUUUGACAAUGGCCACCUCUUCGUUCUGCAGCUUCUCAGCCAGCUCCUCGUAGAUGGGGGUCAGUUUUUUGCAGUGACCGCACCAGGGGGCAUAGAACUCGACCAGCGUAUCCUUGCCAUUGUUGAUGACCACCUCAUCAAAGUUCUUGGCCACGGCCACCUUAACAGGCGUAUCAUUCGAUUCUGGCACCGGUUCACUCUUGAUGUACGGCUCCAGCUCGUUGUCCAGCAACUUCUCAACAAAGUCUUUCAGACUGUCCACGGAGAACUCCUCCUUCAACGCAUACUUGAGAUUCUUGGCG